AUGAUCGAUCAACACAGUUCUGCUCUUGUUGUCGGAGCUUCUGGCCUUUUUCUUGUUGUUCUUUGCAGCAUUUCUGGCCUACGUGCAAUCCUAGCACGAUUCUCCGUUCUAAAACGAGGUGGAUAUAUUACUCUUCGAGAUAUAUACCGGGAUCAUGAUGGAAGUGCUACGGAAACGUCAGUGCAAAACUUUUCACAGAAGGUUUACUGUGUAUCAAUAACAUGUUUUUCCGUUAUUGGUCUCCUUGUGUCAUUGGGGGCGUCUAUCUCUUCAACUCUUGGGGACGAUCGUUUACGCACGCUCGAGUCAUGGCUUCUAUUUUCGAUCUGGCUUUUAAUUGUAUUGAAUGCUGUUGGGUUGCUUAUUGAGCCAUCACCCACUAAGAAAUUCACCAUCGGACUUCGUAUAGCGAUAUCGCUCCUCAUAUACCUUGCAACUGUUGCCAUUCGAACCGUUUUCCUAACUCCAAAAUCCCCUUGGCCGUAUCUGAGCCGCAUGAAUGAUAUCCUAACCCUAGUGCAAUUAGUGGUUGCCGUCAUUUGUGGAUGCAACUCAAUACUCCUUCCCCGUCGUCCGCAUGUUUUUAGAAAUGGGAAAGUUGUAGACGCUCAAUAUACAACAUCUUGGUUUGGGCGUAUCUUCUUCAGCUGGGCCAGUCCAUUGCUUAAGGAAAUACGGAAAAAUAAAAAGUUGGAAAUCGAUUAUCUUCCUGAUUUAGACUAUCCAAGUCGCGCUUCAUCUCUCCUUGAAUCAUUCAACAAAGCAAAACACAAGUCUCCAAGGCUCUGGAAAGUGUUGAUAUAUCGAUAUAGAUCGCCGCUUCUUCUUCAGUUUGUUUUGGUUAUACUGUCCUCUCUCCUGAGCUUCGGACCCCAACUGUGCCUACUUCAGAUCCUUCGCUCGCUAGAGACACGAAGUCGUGGAGAAUGGGAUCCCUCAGAAGCAUGGGCAUGGGUCUUCGUUCUGGGAAUCUCAAUGAUAGUUUAUUCCACAAUUGAGUCUUGGCUUUUCUGGAUAUCAUUUUCAAAGCUAUGCAUCGCAGUCUAUGAACAGAUUGCUGCCGUUGUAUUCACAAAAUGUAUGCGCCGAAAGAAUGUUAAGGGCUUACAAAUGUCGACCCACGGAGACAACCAACCAUCCGAUCAGACCGGUAUCCAGCUAACGAAAGACGACAACGAAGAAGAAGAUGAUACUCAGGCGACCAAUCAAGGCAUCAUCAAUCUUGUUGCUGUUGAUGCUAAGCGUGUUUCCGAUUUUGCCGCUUACAACCAUUUUAUCCCUGCCACCAUUAUUAAGCUGGCUACCUCUUUCACCAUUUUGGGGAUGCUAAUUGGUUGGAAGAGUCUUUGUUCAGGUCUUUUAGUUUCCGUGAUAAUCACUCCGGUCAAUAUUUUUGUUGCCAACAGAUAUACUGCAUCUCAAGUUUCCUUGAUGAAAUUUCGUGACCAGAAAAUGGCUGUCGUAACUGAAGUCCUUCAGGGUAUCCGUCAAGUCAAAUUUUCUGCACUUGAGAAUCAGUGGCAACGCAAAAUUGGAGAGAUACGCUCAGCAGAGCUAAAUGCCCAGUGGACAGUGUUCAGUUAUGAUGUCGUUCUUAUUGGUAUUUGGAUUCUUGGACCUGUGAUGCUCUCCGCCGUGUCUCUGGGAGUAUAUUAUUCCAUCUACGGCGAAUUAUCAGCAUCGGUUGCUUUUACCACUGUUUCUAUUUUCUCGUCACUGGAACUAACGCUUGCUCUUCUUCCAGAGCUAAUAACUGAUUUCAUCGAAGCCUGGGUUAGCGCGGAAAGAAUUGAAAAACAUUUUAGUUCUGCUGAAAAUAUUCACAACACGCAGCAGGCAGAUUCUAUUUCUUUUGAAAAUGCAACUAUUGCAUGGCCCGUUGAGGAUCCCGAUCAGGCUGAAGACAGAUUCAGUAUCCAUAAUAUUUGUCUCAAGUUCCCGUCCAAAGGCCUUAGUGUUAUUUCUGGGAGGACAGGUUCUGGCAAAAGUCUGCUUCUUGCGUCUAUCCUUGGUGAAUCUGAUAUACUGAGUGGAGUCGUUCGUGUUCCCCAAGCCCCACCUCUUGAAGAUAGAUUUGAUGAAUAUGCAAACAGGGACAACUGGACCAUCGACUCAGCAAUUGCUUUUGUGGCUCAAAUACCAUGGAUUGAAAAUGCCACCAUCAAGGAUAAUAUUCUCUUUGGACUUCCAUUUGACUCAGAGAGAUAUCAUAAAGUGCUAUUUGCUUGUGCUUUGGAGAAUGAUCUUCAUAUGCUUCCUGACGGAGAACUGACGGAUAUCGGCGCCAAUGGCAUCAAUCUUAGCGGUGGCCAGAAAUGGCGAAUAUCUUUUGCACGAGCCCUGUAUUCUCGCGCUGGUAUUCUUAUCAUGGAUGAUCUGUUUAGUGCAUUAGAUGCCCAUACUGGUCGACAUCUCCUCGAACAUGCUCUUACUGGAGAACUUGGUCAGGGAAGAACACGGAUUCUCGCCACUCACCAUGUGGCGUUGUGUCUAGGCCAGACGGAUUACUCUGUCUAUCUCCAGGAUGGGACCGUUGGACAUGCCGGCUCUGUUGAGGAAUUGAGGAGAACUGGCGAACUAACAGAAAUUCUGGCUGACAAGGCCAAUAACGACGCAGAACGAAAUGAUGCGGCAGAGGACGAUAUGGAAGGACUUGACACGAACGGAGGUUCUUUACACGAAAUCUUGUCUCGUGAAUCCCAAGGGCAUACAAACACUCUGACAAACAAUGUUGCCGCUGAAAACAAAAAAUCGCCAGGCAAGUUCCAGCAGGAUGAAUGGCGCGAAACCGGUUCUGUUAAACUGACACACUAUCAAACAUACUUUAAAAGAGGGGGAAGCAUUUGGUACUGGUUUGUUGUUGCCAUGGCCUACCUAUGUUAUAUUGCAAAUACAGUUGGACGUUCAUGGUGGGUAAGUAUAUGGACUAGAUCAUCAAGCAAUGCGACCGCAGAAGAGAAUUUCUCCAUAAUGGCGCACAUUGUAAAUAAGGGUCAUCCAGCUCCUCAAAGUUCUAAUAUUUGGUAUUAUUUGGGGAUAUAUAUUGCAAUGUCCCUUGUAACGUGUGUCAUAGGACCUCUGAGAUACGCUUUCUUGUUGCAUGCCUCCGUUCACGCAUCUCGAAACCUUUUCGAUCAGCUAACAUAUGCUGUGCUAAGAGCCCCACUUCGUUGGCUUGAUACGGUACCUGUUGGGCGAAUCCUAAACCGGUUCACGGCUGAUUUCAACAUGAUUGAUUCUCGGCUAAGUUAUCACUUCGGUUCUGCUUUCUACAACGUCCUCCAGGUCGUCGGUAUUAUCGCUGCUGGAUUCCUUGUCUCUCCCAUUCUUAUCUUGUUUGCUUCUGCGCUCCUUGGGAUCUCCAUGUACUAUUCUCUUUACUACCUCACUGGUGCUCGAGAGAUCAAGCGUUUGGAGAGUACUGUAAAAAGUCCUGUAUACGAACAAUUUGAGACCGCUCUGACUGGGUUAACAACUAUCCGCGCAUUUGGGAAAGCCCCAACGUACAUUGACCGAAUGUUUAAGAAGAUUGAUCGUCAUGCACAGGCAUAUUGGCACUUGUGGCUUUUUAACAGAUGGCUUGGUGUCCGUAUGUAUACUGUCGGGGCAAUUUUUGCCGUCAUCACUGCUGCACUUGUCAUAUCCAUCGCAGGUAUCGAUGCCUCUUUAGCUGGCUUUGCUCUCAGUUUUGCUAUGCAAUACACCGACGCAAUUUCGUAUGCGUUGCGUGAAUAUACCAAUAUAGAACUGGAUAUGAACGCUACGGAGAGAGUAAUUGAAUACUCUAAUAUUGAUAUCGAGCCUCAAGAUGGUUUAGAUGUCCCUGCUGCUUGGCCCACUGAAGGCCGACUUGAAGUGUCCGAUCUCGUGGUUGCCUAUGCCCCCGAGUUACCACCGGUCCUCAGGGGCUUAUCGUUUAAGGUGGAUAAAAACCAACGUGUUGGCGUUGUCGGCCGUACAGGGGCUGGAAAGUCGUCUCUGACUCUCGCCUUAUUCCGUUUCCUGGAGGCUCGCGAAGGGACCAUUCAUGUUGACGGAAUCGACGUAUCUAAGAUUAAGCUCCAUGAUCUCAGAAGCCGUCUGGCCAUCAUACCUCAAGAUCCCGUUUUGUUUUCCGGGACCAUCAGGUCCAACCUUGACCCCUUUGAAGAAUUCAGCGAUGUUGAACUACAUGACGCUCUAGAGCGUGUACACCUUGUUCCGAGCUGUAUCGAUGAAACGGCCACCUCUUCUUUGGGUUCGCCAUCUUCAACAUCCCGUCCUCAAACAGGAACGGGGUCGACUACCCCGACAUUAAUCAGCGGAACGUCCAGCUUGGCCGCUGGUCUCAAAUCCAAUACAAACAUAUUCACCAACCUUCAUUCUAUCAUUUCUGGGGGUGGGCUGAAUCUCUCUCAGGGUCAGAGGCAGCUUCUUUGCCUCGCCCGCGCCAUCAUUUCGCGUCCGAAAAUCAUGGUUUUGGAUGAAGCUACAUCUGCAGUUGACAUGGCAACAGACGCGCUGAUCCAACGGUCUAUUCGUUCUGAAUUUGGACGAAAUUCAACAACACUACUUGUUAUUGCACAUAGGCUCAGCACUAUUGCGGAUUUUGACCGUAUCUUGGUAAUGGAUGCAGGGAAGGUGGUAGAAUUCGGGACGCCAAAAGAUCUGAUGUUCAUUGAUAAUGGCGUUUUUAGAGGACUAGUGGAAGAAAGCGGGGAGCGGGAGACCUUGAAAAAUAUUAUACUAGGGGAAUGA